UAUAUAUUGUAGUUGUACUACAAAAUUAAUGUGGAUUAAGCCCAACUUUGGCCCGGCCCAAAAGUAUCCAUCAAAAAGUUAUUGGGCAAUAACAAGAAUCAAUAAAAGGCCUAAUAUAUUUUUAGCGAGGCCCAUUAAAAAAUCAAUCAGUCGCCAGGAAGGACACAAGCUUCGAGCGGAAGCUGUCAAUCGACAGUCAUCGAAUCGGGAACCACCGCCAUCCGCCAGCCGGAAACUGGCGAACGUUUGCUCGCCGUCAUUCAUCUGUCGGCCAUCUGCUGUCUGUUACGCCACUUGCAGAGUUGUUCCUUUCCCCUCGUUCAGUAGACGCGCCUUCUCCACUUCGAGCUCAUCGAUUUCAUUUCAAGGGAGAUUGGGCAAGAGGAGAUUUGGUAUAUACCAGAGCAUCAGAUCUUCAAUGAGUUCAUCAUCUCCAUCAUCCGUGUUAUCAGAGAAGCAAACUCCACAUGUAGGUAGAAUCCUUGAGGGCAAAAAUGAUGAUCAUGGAGGAGUGAUAGUUGAAAUGGCCUGUGAACCCAUGGAUUCCAUUGCAUUUGCUUCUAUACUCAAAGCCUCACUCUCACAUUGGCAACAGCAGGGAAAGAGGGGUAUUUGGAUCAAAAUCCCGAUUGAGCUUGUGAAUCUUGUGGAGCCUGCUGUUAAGGAAGGAUUCUAUUUUCAUCAUGCAGAGCCCAAAUAUUUGAUGCUAGUGCAUUGGCUUCCUGACACUGCAAAUACACUUCCGGCUAACGCCUCACAUCGUGUGGGUGUUGCAGCAUUCGUCCUGAAUGAAAAGAAUGAAGUUCUGGUAGUUCAGGAGAAUAGUGGGAUAUUCCGUGGAAAGGAUGCAUGGAAGUUCCCAACCGGAGUUGUUGAUGAAGGUGAAGAUAUAUGUAACGCCGCUGUUAGAGAAGUGAAAGAAGAAACUGGAGUCGACUCCAAAUUUUUGGAAGUACUUGCAUUCAGACAGAGCCACAAAGCGUAUUUCGAGAAGUCGGACCUGUUCUUUGUGUGCAUGUUACAACCAUUGUCCUCGGAACUCCAACCACAGGCAGCAGAGAUUGAGGCCGCCCAGUGGAUGCCAUUCGAAGAAUACCUUGCCCAACCAUCUGUCCACAAGCAUGAACUCAUUAAAAAGAUUGCUGAGAUCUGCCAAGCAAAGAUACGCGGAACCUACACAGGAUUUUCACCUAUUCCAACUCCGACUCCUUUUACUGACCGGACAGCGUAUUUGUAUGUUAAUGGCCCAGGUCUCGAUAUUAUUUGA